AUGUCAGGGGCGAAAGUGGACUUAUCUGGGGGAGCCCAGUCCUCCUCGCCUCCUGCAGGAUUCGGUGGAGGUGGUCCUGCCACAUCCGCCGGCUAUGGAGGAGGUGGCGGCUUCACACAGCAGGUGGCAGAAGCGGCUCUGCAGGAUCCCACAGUGCAGCAGCAGCUCAAGGAAGCCGCCUACACCAAAGCACAGGAGGGCUUCGAGGCCGCCCGGGUGGCCGGCGCAAUGGCCGCGGAGGAGCUGGGUAAGUACAUCGAGGAGGGCCCUGCUGGCAUCUCGGUGCUUUGCUUUCUAGGCGGUCUCGCGACCACGCUCAUCGGUUUCUUGGGCCUGCUCAACUUUGGCUAUGGCCUUACGUCUCCUUUCGGCUAUGUGCUGAACGCCUACCUGGUAGCCUUUGGAAUCGUUACAUUCCUGCUGGAGGCCGAUGUAGAGAGCAUGCGCAAGCUCAAGUUCAUUGGACGAUUUUCCCCAUGGGUGGAAGGUUACCAGAUGGAGGUUUUCAACCGCGCGAACUUCCUGACAGAGCUGAGGGGGCGAGGCUUCUUUUAUGUGUUCAUCGGCACCCUCGCAGUGACGCAGUGCUUCGUCUGCCUCACCUUCGUGGCCGGCCUCUGGAACUUGCUUAUGGGCAUCCUCUGCCUGCUGAUGAGCUUUGGGAUCAACCCUGCCACACAUCUCCAAGGCGCCCAAGCCCCUCUGACAGCGGGGCCGUAG